AUGGCGGCCAACAACUUUCCAACGCUGCGAACUCGCCCAACAAAGACGUUUCGGGACGCUAACCGCCAGAUCCCAUUCGAAACGCUUCGAUACGACGCCUCCAAAAACACAUGGCAGCUGGGCCUGACGGAGUUUGAGGAAGUCGCAACAGAGUCGAACGAGACCAAACUGGUGCUGCACUCUGAGGGGCGAGACGGAGAGCACAUCAAAAUCAUUGUGGCAGAGGCAGCGGAAGAGCUGGCUGACCAGGCCUUGCAGCAUGGCAUCCGCUACAUUUGCCCCGUAUACCAGGGCUCGGCAGAUGCGCUGUUUUUGCAAGGCUUGUUGUUCAUCUUCAAGGACAACCAACUGCGCCAUGACGCAGAUGAGCUCCUGAAGCAUGGCGCAGUUGAAGAUGAUGAAGAUCCUGCUCCCCGAUCUGCAUUUGAUUGCUACUGGCAUCGAGCUCGUCAGAAGGAUCUGCCGGCUCCGAGUGAUCGAACAACUCAGAUUCUCAACAUCACCGAUGCUGUGAAAAGUCUUAUUACCGCCAUCCGCGACGUAACUGAGGUCUCGACGGAAGGGACCCUGACUGAGCAGGUUUCGAUGCUUUCUGGUAAUCUUCGAGAAAAGUAUGGGGUGGCUAUGGAUAUGAAGCCCCUUUCUCUUAGCUCCACCACUGUUUACCAUCUCGCACUUUGCUUGAGUGAAACGGUUCUUUUCGACACUGUUGAUUUACAAACUUGCAUUCAAACUUUGGGCAAGGCCAUCGAACUUCUGGCAACAUGCAGUUCACUACAGGAUGUGCAAAAGAUCACACUGAUGCAGCCACUUCAAACGCUACAUGAGACGCUUUAUUCAGCUUCUUCUCAUUUCAGAAGUCAUCGAUUGCAAGCAGAAGCCAUUGCCACUUUGAAGCAGCUCGUCAAAGAGCGGGCUGAACAGCUAUUAGCUGCCAGCACCACCGUCCAGAGGCUACGAGAAGACUCCUUUCGAACCCAGGUGACGGUGGAAUCGCAGAUACAGAGGUUGAAAGCUAUCAACAAAGCUGUCAAGACCAACCAUCAAGCAGCCAGACCUGCUUGUCCUGGCUUGGUAAAAAAACAUUAUUUACAGUUGGAAAAAGCUUGGACGACUCUGCAUGAAGAAGCAAUUGCGCAAGUUAGUGAUGCAGAUGGACGCGUCAAAAUUGUCCAAACCAGCUUGAGAGCUGGUUUGUCUUGUUAUCAAGCCUUGGAAAGUUCGACUCUGCUGCCAGACGCCAUGUUGCGUCUGGCUGCGAAGGUGAGCUCGGUAAUUGAGCAAUGUUGGCAAGUGUCUCGUGAAGCGUGCGAUCAACAAAGUCAAUGGCAGCAUAAGUGCGCUAAUAAGCUGAAGGAUGCCCCCUUUCUUCACAAGAAGGCACUUCAGAAGCUCGACCGCGUCAAAACGCAACAAAAUCAGGUUCUACUGAUGAACGAGAAGGAGCGAGCCCUGCCGAAUGACGACAUUGGAGGAACCACGAGAAACAAAAUCGCUCCUUUAGGCUUUGUCGAAAUAAAAUAUCCCACCAUGUCGAUGGAGGUAUUACUGUUGGCUGCAACCGCAUCGCAUCUGAACUCCAACAAAGUUAAUCUGCCUUUCAAACUUACAAAAGCUGCAGAAGACGUGGAUUACUUCUCGAAGCAGGCUUUGGGCGAGUUGGGCAAGGCGUGUAAG